AUGACGACCCUCAACAGCGGUUACGCUAACGCGACCAAAAGUGAAUUCUUCCCUACUAAAGACAAUGCCAUCCUGAUUGACUCAGUAACAGAUUUUUCAGUUAAAGACUAUAUUAAAGCCAUUGCACAAAAAACAGCUCCUGAAAAUAUCAGAUUCGCAUUAAAAAUCUCUAACAGUCGUCUGUGUAUUUAUCUUGCAACGAAGGAAUUAGUACAAGAAUUUGUUGAGACGCACAAAACGAUUAUGAUCGGAUCACAGACAUUAAAUAUCCGUGCACUGAUAAACAAAAACAAACGUAUUAUACUAUCAAACGUGCCUCCGAUAAUCCCUCACAGCUACAUUGCUGAACAAUUACUCAAACUAAACAUCAAAAUUACUUCUUCUUUCUCUUUCCUUCGUAUCGGGCUUAACGAACCUCGCUUCUCACACAUUAUGAGUUUUCGCAGGCAAGUUUACAUUAAAGCCGACGACGUCAUCAAGAUACCAGAAAUAUUACAAAUCCACUUCGAGGACAACAGCUACAAUAUCUACCCAACCACCGACUCACCGACAUGCUUUGUUUGUCACAAUGAAGAUUAUUUGUCAAAAAAUUGCCCCUCCACCAAACUCUCCCCAGAAAAUCCUGAAAUAAGCACCGAACAACACCACAAACAAGCUCCUAAUCCCAUUGAACAACAAACAAAUGGCUCUCCCGAAACAUCCCCCAAUAGCACACCACCCACAAGUAACAAAAUUUCGACACUCUUGACUACUCCAAGCGCUAAAAGACCGCUCGAACACUCCGAACCCUCUACACAAUCGGUUUCUUCUGAAUCAAACACGAUUAAAACAGUUAACCCGAAAAAAAACAUAAAAUCACUUCAACUACACGAUAACUCUGACAUCGAUAUUAAUACUCUGGUAUGCAAUUUCGUACAAGCUAUCAUAUCAGCGGCCGACGAGAGCAUACCUAAAUCCUCACUUAAUCCUAAGAAGAAAUCAUACGAAUGGUGUUCUGAAAAGGCCAAAAACGCUAUUACCGAAAAAAGACGUUCAUACAACAAAUUACAAAAAAACAAAGACGACCCAGACCUCAAAAUAGAAUUUAAAAAACUCCGAGCCAUAGCUAGAAGAGAACUUAAAGAGUCACGAAGAUCCUCAUGGCAGCACUUUGUUUCUACUAUCAACAAUCGUACACCAAACAGCCAAAUAUGGAAGAAAAUUGAAUGUAUUGAUAAAUCUCGAGCGUUCCACACCACACCUACCCUCUUCGACUCUAACAACAAAGUACACACAUCACCCGAAGAAAAAGCUGAACUUCUUGCCGAAACAUUCUCAUUCAACUCCAGUGAUGACAACUUUACUGAAUCUUUCCUACAAUUUAAAAAGUCAAGCGAGUCCGAUCCGUCUACCAACUGGUCAUACAUGCACAAUCCAAAACAAAUAACCAAUCAUCCUGAUCAUCUAUCACAAAUUAACAAUCCUUUAACUAUGACCGAGCUGGAGGAAGUCCUUUCGUCAUGUAAAAACUCCUGCCCUGGACCAGACAACCUGCCUGUCAAACAGUUGACCCACCCUAGACUGACACUAAAUAAGGUUCCCCUCAGAGAAACAACAUGCCCCAAAAUUCUUGGGAUGUACUUCGACAUUAAACUCAAAUGGAAUGCACACAUCGACCACCUUAAACCAUCAAAAAACUGGAGAGCUGAUAAAGACACCCUUCUUAAUCUUGAUGAACUGUCCAUGUUGAGGAUGGAAAAUGAACUUUUAAAAGAAUUAAAUAGUGAACUAAAAAGUAAAAACAAACUACUGGAUAGUAUUGUUAAUAAGGUAAAUAAUCAAGUGAGUGAUCUGUUGUAUGCUAGUGUAGCUAAAAGUGAACCAAAUAAUGCUGAUCGAGUACCUAAUAUUUAUGUAAAACCGAAAGAGAAUAUUAAAAAUCCUCAAACUUUAGCUAAGGUUAAAAACAAAUUAACUUGUGAUCUUGCUAUUCCUAUAAACACGGUCAAAGAAAAUAAAGAGGGUCAUGUGGCUAUUAAAUGUAAAAACAAUAUUGAUGUGUCCAGAGUGAGAUCUGUGCUGAGUGAUAAACUUGGCCUUGAUUUUAGUGUUGAACUGGAGCAGCUAAAUCUACCAAAAAUUAAGGUUAUUAAUGUUGAUUGUGACUUAACUAAGGAUGAACUAUCCACGCUUGACUACGGAGCUAUCUUAUACAACUCCGCCUCCAACACUCAAAAAAAGAAGCUGGAUUCAAUCCAAACUUCAGCCCUCCGAUUGACUAUUGGUGCUUUCCGUUCAAGCCCGAGAACCAGCAUACUCGCUGAAGCUAAUGAGCCACCACUAAGCCUACGACGAACACAGUUAUGUUUAAACUUCAAACCAGCCUCCACCAACUUACUCCUAAACCAUCCAAAUCAACCUAAUAACAAGAAGUCAUACAUCUCAAUAGGCCAUACACAGUUUUCCCACGGACACCUAAUGAACAGUUCCAAUCCUGACAAUUGCCCUGGAUGCAAUGUAAUCAUCUCAGUAAAACACCUUAUCACCUGUCCAAACUUGAAUCAACAGAGAAAUGCACAGCAGCUUCCUAACGAGAUGGACCAAAUCCUCAACGACAAA